AUGCUGAAGAGUAUAUUGCUUUUGUUAUUAUCAAUUACGUGUGUAAAAGGUAAUUUUCAUCAUUUAAACAUACUAUAAGAUAAAGCCUAGAUAGACUAAUCUUGUUAAGCACAAGCCUACUAAGCUUAAGUUUGCUAAGCCUAAGAUGUUUAAGCCUAAGUUUACUAAGUCUAAGCCUACUAAGCCUAAGCCUACUAAGCCUAAGCCUGCUAAGCCUAAGCCUACUAAGCCUAAGCCUACUAAGCCUAAGCCUACUAAGCCUAAGCCUACUAAGCCUAAGCCUACUAAGCCUAAGCCUACUAAGCCUAAUUCUACUAAGCCUAAGCCUACUAAGCCUAAGCCUACUAAGCCUAAUUCUACUAAGCCUAAGCCUACUAAGCCUGCUAAGCCUAAGUCUACUAAGCCUAUGCCUACUAAGCCUACGCCUAAACCUAAGCCUACUAAGCCUGAACCUACUAAGCCUAUGCUUGCUAAGUUUAAGCUUAAGCCUAAUUUCCAAAAUGUAUAAUUUAACUUUUAACCUUUUAGCGGGUCCAUCAGAAUUACUAGACCAUAUUCUAAACAAGUAUGACAAACGGGUUCGGCCUUUUAUCGAUGAUGGGCGACCGGUCGAAAUACAAAUGACUAUUGUUCUGGCAAUCUUAACUGAACUUGUAAGUUUAUUUUUUAAUUAUAAAGUAAAAUUUUAAAAUUAACAUAAUUGAGAAUUGAUAAUUCAGCACGAAAACAAUCAAGUGGCUUCUUUUGUCAUAUCACAUGUUCAAAAAUGGGUGGAUCCGAAUUUAGUGUGGAAUCCGGCGGAAUACGGUAUUGAUCAACUUACCGUACCUCAGAGUUUAGUGUGGGUACCAAAAAUGUUCAUCUACAACAGGUAGCUUGCCAAACCUUAUGUAUUAGGUGCCGACAUAAAGAACCCGCCAUACUUUGCAUGUAAUUUCCCGUAAAAAAUGGCGGGUUCUUUAUGUCGGCACCUAAUAUCAAGUUGUCCGAAUAUGAAUUAGCCAUUCAAAGUGCCCUACUUUAAAAAUUUUGGCUCAUUCAUAUUCGGACAGCAUAUUAUGGCAUUCGAUAUUUAAAUUUGUUAAAUUUUAAAAAUUUUUAGUAUGGACACAAAAGACAUGCUGACGGAAAACCGGUACGAUAUUAGGCUAAAACACGACGGGAAUAUCAAAGUUAACAUACCACAGUAUGUAACAUGUAUAUGCAAAUUGCAAAUUGAUGUAGGUUGUUGAUUUUGCUUUUUCAUUUUUUUAAUUGUACUUUUAGCUUUUCCCAUUUGAUACUCAAUUCUGUGCUAUUGCUCAAGCUUCACCGUUGUUGAACAUUAAUGAAAUGGUAGUUAACGCAACUCAACCACCCAAAGAUGCUUACUUUGCUGUACGUUUUGUUUUCUAAAGCUACUGAGCAUAAGCAUACAAGCCAAUGUAUGCUAAGCCUAAACUUAAGCCGCGAUAUGCUAAGCCUAAACUUAAGCCAAAAUAUGAUAAGCCUAAACUUAAGCCUAAAUAUGAUAAGCCUAAACUUAAGCCUAAAUAUGAUAAGCCUAAACUUAACCCAAAAUAUGAUAAGCCUAAUCUUAAGCCUAAAUAUGAUAAGCCUAAACUUAAGCCUAAAUAUGAUAAGCCUAAACUUAACCCAAAAUAUGAUAAGCCUAAACUUAAUAAGCCUUAUUAAGAGUCUAAAAUUUUCAGGGAAACGCAGAAUGGGAAGUGAUGAAUGUGACCGUGCGUCAUAUGAAGUUUAUGGAAGAUGGUGAAUAUCGUGUAGAAGUGCAUUACAUUCUGCACUUACAUCGUCGGCCAAUCUACUAUCUUACGGUUAUUGUUGCCCCCACGUUUUUAAUAUCAGCAUUGAGUAUUUUGGGCAUCUUUUCGCCUGGAGACAGCGAUGGGCCACGAGGAGAAAAGGUAAAACAUCCCUUUGUUUAUUGGAAGGUACCCUAACGUAUGAACCCUUACCCUACCACUCUACUCUGCCUUACUCUACCCUCUAGCUUUUACCCAUGAAAACCUAAAAAGUUAGGUGCCGACAUAACAAACCCGCCAUACUUUGCCUGCAAUCUCCUGUAAAAAAUGGCGGGUUCUUUAUGUCGGCACCUAAAAGGGUUCAUUUCCAGGUAUCCCUAGGCUUAGGCUCCCUACUAGCCAUGGUUGUGCUACUUGACAUUGUAGCCAAUGCAAUGCCAAAAAGUAACUCCAUCCCCUUACUUGGCUAUUACAUUAUUGCCGUCAUAUUGUUAUGCGCACUUGGCGUUGGUAUUUCAAUGGCCAUGUUGGGGAUUAGUAGGUCGAUGAUCGAAAGUGAGAAUAUGCCUUCACAAAUGGCCUACUCAAUGGUGUUUAUGAAGCGGCCGAAACAUUUCAUGGACUAUUGGGAGAGGAUGAGUGUGUUGGAGCAAAUGGAGAACGAUAUUCAUGUAGCACCGUGAGUUUUGUGACACUUUUGAUUAAAAAGUGGCCAAGUACGUAUCUGAAAUUUCACUUUUUGGUCCAGAAAUGCACGGAAUGUCUGUGUUUUUCCUACAAAUCCUUGAGAUUUUAAUGCUUGGUUAAAAAAUUCAUAAAAUUUUCAUUUUGUUUCAAUGGUGAAUAACAUUAUUUUAGGCCAAAGUUCCCAGACCUAAUCGCUUUAUUUUCACGAGUCCAAGAAAUCGCUGAUGCUCAAAUCGCGUUUAGGAAAAAAAUUGAAAAACAAAAAUGGCUUGCAUCGGUAAGUUGGAUUUCGCAUUACCUACUUAAACCUAAGCUGACUAACCCUAAGCCUACUAAUACUAAACCUUCCCUUAAAGAAUUGAGAAAGAAAAAACUUUCUUUACAAAACCCAGUCACAAGACACCACAUUUUAGGUCGAAAAAGAAUGGAAUCGGAUAUUCGCCCGCUAUGAUUAUUUGUUUUUACUGAUAUUUCAAGUGCUCAACCUCGUCGUACUCAUGUUGUUUUUGCGUUUUUCGUGGUUACCCAUACCUGAACUACCCACGGAGUUUGUUGUAUAA